AUGGAGUGCAUCUAUGCAUUUCUACGUCACUUAGAGUUGCAAUCGGCAUGCCGAACAACCCCACAGAACCCGCAGCCUCGGCCCGGCCUCGAGCUCAACGCAACGUGUUCACGCAUCACACCUUCCUCUCCAACUCCUCGAUCUCCAAUCACCCCAAUUCAACACCACCACAACUCCCCUCCCACUACCCAAGAGGGAAUCCAGAACCCUCAAUGCAACAAACACCCCAAUAACGCCCAUCACGAACCCCCAACCAAAAAGCUCCAAAACCCCACUCGAACAUUCGCCAAACCCUCACCCACCAAACGCAAACCCCAACCAACCUAUCCCCAAGGAAAACAAGAAACAAACGCAGAGAGCGAAAAUGCAUACCUCCGGCCUAACAAACACGCCCCUAACGAAAACCCUCCUAAUUUACACCCUCGCCUCAUCCAUCGCCCUCUCCAUUCUCGACAUCAAACAUUUCGCCCCGAUCCACGUCUCCCCGCAUUUCUGGCCCUACGGCCAAUUCUGGCGCGCCCUGCUAUGGCAAGUCGCCGGGUUCACCAAUUCCACGGAGGCCUUGUUCGCCGCCAUGCUGGUCUAUCAUUUACGGGUUGUUGA